GAACGGAGCAAUAAUGCGACACCCACCGAGAGCGUGUCUCAGAUGCCAAGAGAUGGUACGAGGGACCCAAGAGUCAAUGGCAUCACGAGUAACCUUCCGGAAGACUUACCCCCUAAUGAUCCACCCAAUCCUGGCCAACGCCUUUCUAAUCCCGGUAUCACACAAAGCAGUGCAGGCAUCACAUCGAGGGCUAGAAUUCCGGCCACUACAGCGACCGUGACAGUGAACGGUCAUUCAACAUCAGCACUGCGUCCCUCACCUGCUACGCUCUCUGAUAGUGUUCCCACCGUCCUACAUUUUGGUCCCUCGACAAACCCCAGCGACAUUUUGGAGGGGCUGGAUGAAUUUAUCGACCAGACAUUUCUCAGACAGGACGGUGAAGUCAAUUUUGAACGAGAUUUUGGUCAAUGGUUCAACCCAGAUGAUGAGGAAUUACAUGUCACUAGGUGAUCAAGCUACCAUAAUUCAAGACGAUGUUCCCAGUUUGUUUCCGUUGCGGUGCCUUGUAUUUUCGUUUCGCCCGAGUCUGCCGUGCCACGUAUUAGAUGAUGACUUGUUUUCUGUGACAUCUAUUAAACACGGCUUCCACGCUAUCUGCUCACCUUCUGAUGAUGAUGUAUUACAUAUUGUUUACGGGUACGGCGCCCUCUUGUGUACAGAUAUGACAGUGG